AUGAUUUCUCCCUCCAAUGUCACAGAGAUAUAUCAGCAAAUUAUAGAUGAAUGUAUAACAUGUAUGCGCCCUGGUUUUCUCGGCUCAGGCCGCCAAGAAAACACUUUGCAAAGAAUUAAAGAUGCAUGGAGCAAUAAUCUCUUUCGCGGAUUCAAGCCUAUAAAUGUAUAUCUAACAUAGGUUACCUCAAACGAAUUGUCUCAAUAUUUUCAAAAUAAGCCAGCCUCUUCAGAUCAAGAUUAUUAUACAGUUCCUUACGAAAAAAAAGCAAAAAUCGAAGUAAUCGAAGAAAAGAAAAUUCCGCAAGUCAUCGAAACUCCUCCGUCAUCUCCCAGCUCAGACUCUGAAGAAGAUGAGGAGGAGGAAGAAGAGCUAGAAAGAGAUCCUCUUGCAGACGAGUUUGCCAAUAGAAAAAAACAAAUAGAAGAAGCUCAGCAAGAAGAAAAAUUAAAACAAACAAAGGAAGUCAGAGAGGUCGCAUAUAGUGAUGAUGAAGGAGAAACCAUAAGUGAUGAAGAAACCAAUACAAACCCGCCUGAAGUAAAUGACUACUUAUUUUGCUUAUAUGAAAAAGUGCAUAGGAAAGGAAAUAAUUGGAAGCUUAGACUUGAUAAGUGUGUACUGCAAAUAGGUGGGAGCAAAGAGCUGAUUUAUAGAAGUGCAACGGGAGAGUUGGAUUUUAAAAAAGGAAAUGGAAGGUAA